CUCAGUACGCUGCUUUUAACUGUCUUCACUUAUUAGGUAACUUUUCCCGGCGCUCUGUAGUGGACUUGUGUGCUGGACACGCGCGAUGGCUCGGGACUGACCGCUGUACACUGAAUCACAAUGGCACCGUUUGGAAAAAACUUUCUGAAAGCGCGACUGAAAAGCAAGUCUAAAGAAACAGAGGAGACACAAGCAAAAGAAAUACAAGUUUUAGUAGGCAAAGAGGAGAAAGUUGUUUCUGGUGUGACUAAGCAUACAACCUGUGCUGAUGUAGUACUGGCUUUACUGGAAGACCAUAAGACCAUACCGGAAAGUAAAAGAGUCCUACAUGGAGAGCCAAAAGAGUUCUGUCUCCUGGAGCGGUGGAAGGGCUUUGAAAGGGCUCUGCCGCCCCUCACCCGUAUCCUCCGCUUGUGGAAUGCAUGGGGUGAUGAGAGACCCUUCAUACAGUUUGUAUUAGUGAAGACUAGUGAGUUUGUACCCAAAAGGUCUUCAAAGUCUAAGGGGCUCAGGUCUAAGAGAUGGGAGCAGGGUCCAGCGCAGUAUGCCAAGAACAUUCCUCCAGAGCGGCAGAAACGCAUGGUGAAGAAGGCCUUCCGCAAACUGGAAAAAUUGCAGAAGGCAGGAAGUUCAGAUGGUUCAGAGGAAAUUGACAAAAUGGUGCAACUUAUCAUCUCCCAGGAUUUUACCAUCCGACAGCAACUCCACAAGAUACGGGAACUGGACCUGGAGCUCGAGCUUGUGGAGCAGCAGCUGAGAGAAAGCUCUCUCCUUGAUUCUGGACUCACUGAGAAAUCCAACAGCCAAAUGCUUUCCUUGCCCAUAUUCCAGAGUGAGGAACUGCAGGAAUACCUGUAUACCAGUGAUGGUAUUGCACAACUGGACGAACAGGUGCUCAGACAUAAGGAACUCAUCGAUGAGCUUUCUAGAGACAUUGACCUGGAACUGAGGAAAGCUGUUUGCACAUUCGACACUGAGGAACUUGAGGGGGCAACAGCUGCAAACCCUGCUUUGGAGUUUGACUCUAUCUGUGCCCUGUCCACUGCAGAAUCUUUAGAGCUGGAUACCUUGCAGAGUGAGUUGGAGGCAAGUAUGAAAGCAGGAAUUUCUCUCCACACCCAAACCCAGGAUCUUGAAAAGGAGCUUCAGCAGAACACAACAUUGCUGCAGUCCAGGAACCAGGAGUACCAGCACCUUAUUGCCCAGCUGACUGCAUUGCAACUGGACGAAUGUGCUGAGCCUCCUAACCCUGUUCACCUGAAGAGCCCAGUCAGACCUGCAACCUCUCAGAAGAACACAGGGACACUUAGACAGAAGCUUUCACCUAGUGAUGUGACAGACACAGACUCAGACACUGGAAUAAGCUCCACUCAUAGUCAGGACUCUCUGUCCCCUUGCGUGGACAGUCCACCCCCCUUGGACACUGAUGUCUAAAUGAUGGACGUGCAAAUACACAGUACAUUGCCCACUUUAUCAGCUGGUCUUGAUGAAUAGGUGGUCUUAAGGAAGCUUUUUAUAAUUAAGCUUAUUCAUGGAAGCUCUUUAUAAUUAGGUCCUUGUUGACACGUCAGAAAUUGUGAUGCAUUAAUAUCAAUAGCAGUGAAAAAUUUGCAUUUAUAAUUUGACUCUCGUAAACAGCCUAGCUAUCAAACAGGCACCAGUUAUAGAAAUAAAAUCUCUUGUGUGAGCGGAUAGUGGAUGAUAGUGGACAUAAUCAGCAUCUCUAUCAGCACCAAUGACUUUUAGAUAAUCAGCUAUGACGUUAUGUGUUAACUUGUAUAUAAUUUAUUUUCUCUUGGACAAAAAGAGAACUUUUAUAAAACUUUGCUUUUUAUAAAACAUACAGUACAAAGCUUUUAGACAUAUCUUCAGAAGACUGGACUUAGUGAUAUAAGCUUCACUAUACACUAUAUGGCCACAUGUUUGUAGACACCUGAUUAUCACACCCGUAUAUGGUUCUUCCCCAAAAUGUUGCCACAAAGUUGGAAGCACACAAUUAUAGAAGAUGUCUUUGUUUGCUGUACCGUUACAAUUUCUCUUAACAGGAACUAAAUGUUCCAUUUCAACAAAAUGCUAAUUUUUCACAGCUGGUUUUUCUUUCUUUUUUGUACAUCUUAUUUAUAAAAAUGUAUUUAAGGUAUAGAUAUAAUAAAUAUAAAUAAAAUAGCUAAUAAUUAAAA